AUGAUGCAAUCUAAUAGUACGAUCUAUGUGGUGUACAUACAUCAAAACAUACGACGAUGAAGUGACAAUUUUGCGAAUGUCGUAUUUUCUAAACGAAUACACAGGACAUUUUCGCGAUUGAAUUUGGAUUCAUGUCAACGGAAGAAAGAUAACAGUGUCGUCGAAAUCGCUGACAUUUCUUUUUGCAAUCCCGUCACAAGAAUAUGAUGUCCAGAUCAAAUUAUCGAGAAUGAUAAAUAUAUAAAUAUGGCAAUUGUGUAAAUAAUUAUUAUACACAAAUUUUUCCGAAUCCUUAUUUUUGUGGGAGCUACUUAUGUGAUAUUCAAAAAUGUCACAAGGAAAUGGUGCUGCUGUUGCAGUACCUAAUAAUCAAAACGGCGCAGUGGCACACAAUCUUCACAGUCUUGCUGGUGUGAUAGGACCAGUUUUAAAUAAUAAUAAUAUGAACAUAGCUAGAAAUAAUAAUAAUCAAAACCCGUUAAUUAAUGUGCGGGACCGGUUAUUUCAUGCAUUAUUUAUUAAAGCAGCACUAGCUUAUGCACGAGCAUUUCCAAGGCCUGUCAGGAGAUUUAUAGAAUUUAUAGUUCUUUUGAAGGCAAUAUUGGCAUUUUUUGUAUUGGCUUAUAUUCAUAUAGUAUUUUCGCGUGCACCAACUAAUUGUUUAGAACAUAUAAGAGAUGAAUGGCCACGAGAUGGUAUAUUGAGAGUUGAAAUUCUCAGGAAUGGUGGUGAAGAUUAUAGUAUAGAGAAAAGUUAUGCCAAAGAGGAAAAAUUAAGACAGGAAAAAGUUGAUGAUUUAACUAAUGCUUUGGGAAUAUUAACGAGAGAUGGAUUUAUAAAUAUUGAACCAUCAGCUGUUGAUGAAGAACGCGACAUUAUAAAUGCAUCUGUUGAAGAGAAUCAUGGGAAUUUGACAUCACUUGAGCAAGAUAUGAGACGCGCAACAAUUUCUGGAGAGACACAAAAUUCUGACCUAACUACAAAUACAACGAUGAGUCCAUCAUUAUCAACUAAACUUUGGAAUGGUUUAAAUUCAGCUAAAGAAACAUCAUUUGAUGGAAAGUCAUCUGUUCCAAGAUCAGAAGGUAAUUCCACAGACGUUCCCGAAGCCAAUAAUCAUUCAAAUGAAGAUAAUGUGAUACCCUUAAAAGAUCGUACGUUGGACGCUGAAAAAAUGGCUAGGACAGAAGAUGGCUAUAUCGUGGAAUAUUCGUUGGAAUAUGGUUUUUUGCGAUUAUCACCGGCAGCUCGACAAAGACUAAACAUUCCAGUCAAAAUUGUCACUUUGGAUCCAUUGAAUGACAAAUGUUUUGGUGAUGCAUUUUCAAGAUUGAUAUUAGAUGAAUUUUUGGGUUAUGAUGAUUUAUUGAUGGCAAGCAUCAAGACAUUGGCAGAACAUGAAGACAACAAGGGCUUCUUGCGGAAUGUCGUCACAGGAGAACAUUAUCGAUUUGUGAGCAUGUGGAUGGCGCGAACAUCAUACUUGGCCGCAUUUUUCGUCAUGCUCGUAUUUACGGUGUCGAUCUCGAUGUUACUUCGCUACUCGCAUCACCAGAUCUUCGUCUUUAUUGUUGAUCUCAUACAGAUGUUGGAAUUUAAUUUAACUGUAUCGCUGCCAGCAGCCUCCUUAUUGACAGUAAUUUUGGCACUAGUGGGAAUGGAGGCGCUUAUGUCCGAAUUUUUCAAUGACACAACCACCGCGUUUUACAUAAUCUUGAUAGUGUGGCUUGCCGAUCAAUACGAUGCCAUCUGCUGCCAUACAGCUCUGACAAAGAGACACUGGUUAAGAUUCUUCUACCUGUACCACUUUUCCUUCUACGCGUACCAUUAUCGAUUUAACGGACAGUACAGCAGCUUGGCGCUCGUCACAUCUUGGCUCUUUAUACAGCACUCGAUGCUGUACUUUUUCCAUCACUACGAGCUCCCGGUGAUCCUGCAGCAGGCGCAGUUACAGCAACUCUUGUUUCGCAAUCACGCUCAACCUCAGCAGGCGCAGCCAGCGACGCCCAGCACGGCUCCGACCACCCCGGGUCCGGGGUCGACGCCGUCGUCGCCGACGACACUCUCGCCUUCGUCUUCUCAGAGGCCGAACGUCGACACGACGACACCCACAACGGAGCAGACGCAGCACAACUACAUCAGCGAGCUGUCCCAACUCGAUCCGGAACCUGGCGAUCCGGAAGAACGACACGCGAGCGCCGAUACCGAGCAAACGUCCGCGCCGACGACAACAGCUGAUCGUCGAGACGAUUCUGUUCCAGUGUCGGAGGACGCGACGGGGUCUUCCGUUGCGAAGACGGACGCGGUUCCUCCAGCCACCGGAGCUACGAGUUCGUCCGCCGAAGGCUUCGAGGUCAUCGAGUCUACCGAGGCUGUACGUAAAGAAACAACGUCCACCGAGGACCGGAAGGAACAUUAGACUCUGCCUCGGAUGCACGGCAGCCAGAGCGAAGAGAGCGAGAGAAUCAUUUCCGCGGACCUUCUCCCGCAGAGAGAUUUUCCGACGCAGUUAUCCUGGAAGUUAUGUCCUGUAAAGUAAUGCAAAUAUGCUCUUUAUGUAAGAGACGAACCAAGGUUCGAUUCUGAUGAGGACGUUUCCUCGAGCGCUUCUUCAUGUUCGGAAACAAUGGACGAAGAGAGGCAAAGAUUCAAUAUUAAGCGCGUAGUUGUAGAUUAAAUCAAUUAUCAAUGGGAAUAAAAUAUUAUCGGAGAUAUCGGAUUUAAUGCACUCGGCAACUCGAUGUUAGAUUCGUUAAAUACGAUAGCAAAGGUUAGCUGUUACGAAUGUAAUUUCAGGAGUGAGACACAAUGUAUAGUUCUUCUUAAUGCAGUAUUUUGUAAUAUCGUGUUUAAUGCUUGGCGAGCGCCGUUACAUGAUGCGUGAGGUUUUACAUUAAUCAUCUGUACAAAGAUGCGUUGAAAAAAUGCAACAUACAUUACUUUAAAUGUUAUCUUUUGAUUGAAACAUUCUUUGUCUUUCUCUUUCUCUCUCUCUCUCUCUCUUGUUUAUUUUGUAAAUAUGUUUUUUAUUAUACAGAGUAAUAUAUAAUUCCUAAUAUAUUUUUCUUCUCAAAAUAUUAUAAUAUAUUUCUAUUUUUAAUUAUUCUAUUUUUAACUAUUCUAUUUUAUUCAUUUGACAGAAACUUUUAUAAAUAUUUAAAUCACGCAAAGAUAACGUAGAUGAAAUCAGGAUCUAACUAUUAUUGAAUCGCGAAAACUUGCGCUAGACUCACUCGAAAAACACUACAAGAGAUUGUAUUUAAAAUUGCGUGAGACUUACAUCGAGAUUGAAAUUUGAUUGAAAUGCGCCACAAUUUUACGUCCAAAUUUUAUUUUAUGCAUUUCAAGCAUCAAAUCUCUUAUUCGCAUUCUUGUCUCUGCACUCUUCGUCUCUUGAAAAUGUUAGGGAAGCGUCAGCGAGGCCGGCUGAUAAAACUACAGUUUCUGAGCGCAACAAGUCAGAGUGCCUUCUUUGGAGCAUUCUUUCGCCGGAAUCUUCUUUGGCUCCGUUUCCGUCAAGCGGAUGCGGGAUUUUUCUCGCGAGUAGAUUUUUGUAUCCAACAACUGGCGAUUCAAUUAAUUACAUCGAUAAUCACCGACAGAUCGCAUUGAUAUAGUUGUACAUAAAUGUGAGAUUCAUUACGCGAUCAAUUGCAGCGUUUUUAUUCUCCUUUUAAUUCGUUUACGACGAUUGUGUGUUCGCUUACAAGGAAACUCGUGAAAUUCUGAUUUUGAUGAAACUUUACGUAUACGUAUGGAGGGGAGAGACAAAGAGAUUAAUUUAGAAAUUUUAAUACAUCUCUAUCUAACUAUAUUGAUAAAAUUUUGAAAAAAUAAUUUUCUCCCAGGUACUUUAAAAAAUUAUUUUUUUUUAUGUUAUUACUAUGAUUAAAUAGAAGUGUUUUAACCGUGAAAUUUGUGUAUAAACAUUUUUCAGUAUCUCAAAUAAUUUAAUAUUCGAGAUAUAACGAGAAAAAGUUGCUCCACAUAUGAGGUUUCAUCUGCUAAAAUCAUUUUUGGACAGUAACUGAAAAUUUCUAAAUUUGUUUAUCCCCCUCUCUUCCUCCUAUAUGUGUCUAAAGUUUUGUCAAAAUCAGAAUUUCCAGGUUCGCGCAAUUCCCUCGUCAGUCAGACGAUGACUUGACAGAGGAUUAAUAUGAUAGAUACGCGAUCAAAUUUUGGUUCUGUUGAACACUUAAUUUUACAGGAUACUACAUCAAGCGCAAAGAGAGCUUGGUUGCGCGAAAAUUGUCGCGAUGUGUAAAUUCGUGCGCGAUCAAUCGCGCGUUUAUUGAACAAUGUUACAAGUAAGGACAUGGCAAAUUACUGAAACGAAUAGAAUUGAUAAUGCACGUGUGCUAUGAUGCGUUUUCCUUCUAGUUUUUUAUCUAAUAUAUUUUUACGAGGUCUGGAAUGUGUGUCUGUCCGAAUGUGUUUCUCUCGUCUCGAGUUAUUUAUCACGAAUAACGAAAUCUUCAACUCGCUGUUUUGUAAUUAACCCAUCGGUUUUACGCGAGUUUAAUCAGCAUCGAGUUGUGUGGAAAUGGUAAAAUGUAACUAAUCUAAAAUGUAAUACUAAUAAAGGGAAAGAAUAAGAGGAGAAGGGUGGAAGAUGCGGCUUGAGUAAGGAAAUCGCUUCUGAAUGGAAUCGCCGAUAUCGCGUUCAUCAUCUCGACGCAUUGUUACUUAUUAGAAUUAAUCGUCGUAAUUGUAAGUUUACUGUAUAAUAUGUAUCGUUUCGGAGUCUGAUGUGUCGUCCAGUGACGUAUAUCGGCAAAAGUGGAAAGAACGUCUUGUUUUAUUACGUGGUGUGCGUGUGAAGUUGGACGGAUGGGCGCGUGAAACGAUUGAGCUUUGUAACAAAUGUGAUGGCACGCUCGCAAAUCGUGACAAUUGGGGCGUCAAGAACGUAUCUGUCAUACACUUGACAUACUGUACCAGCGUACUGUAAAAUAUACAUGGUUAAGCUACAUAAGAAGCUACGCGAGAGAUUUCGAUGCGCAUUAAUAACAGUGGUGGAAAAAAAGCACAUUGUCGCGCGGGCAGACUUAUACACGUGUGCCCGGUAACAUAGGGUAGAUAGAAAAAAGAAAAGAGACACGAUUUGUUUAAGAAUUA